GGUGGGUGGGUGGGUGGUGGCAGAGGAAGAGACAACAUUGUGUUGUGUGAGGGGGGUGUGAUGGUGGUCCACAAGAAGUUAAGCCACACGAUGUGUGGGUUACUGAGCUUCGUGUUGCUUUUGAUGUGUCUGUCCUGUCCGGGCGAUAGCAGUGUAACCUCAGGAGCGAGUCCUUACAAGACCGCAGUGCUCCUCCCUUGCCCUGAUCACUUGAAUUUUACAUUAAGGGGUCUUUGUGUUGUUACCUGGACGUGGAUCUGGAAACCUCCAGAUUGUGUGAAAAAUCUAGUCCGAUAUGAAAGCCAACAAAAAUAUGGCUCCCCCAAUUGGGAAGAAACUAAAAUAAAUCCACAUUUGAAUCGUACAGAAGUGGUGAAUCUCAAUGAAGGAAUUAGCUUCAGAGUGAGAGCAAAAGUGAACUCCGGGGACAAUAAUUGCGCAGAAAGCAGUUGGUGCCAAAUAUACAUACGACCACCACCAGGAAACCCUGAGACAGCAGUCAGAAAUUUUGGAUGCAUUUUGUACAACUUUGAAUACAUAAAUUGUACCUGGGACAUUGGGAACAAAGCACCAGCAAACACUACAUAUUGGUUGCAAUACUGGCAAAGCGAUGUGGAAGGCGUUCAGAAUUGUAAAACCUACAUUAUGAAGGAAAACAAGGUUGUUGGUUGCCAACUUCAGAAAGAUGAAUUUAAUCGUGAAUUGGACUUUAAUAUUUGCGUUGGAUCGGAGUCUCCGGAUAUAAAGUCAUACUACUAUACAUUACAUAGUCAAGGGUUUGUGAAACUCAGCCCACCAAGCAAUGUAAGUGUGUCCAGGAAUAAGCAGAAUUUUACCAUAAAGUGGAAGAUCCCUUCAACUUUGAAAGAACAGUGUGUUGAUUAUAACGUAAAAAUCAAGGUUGACAACAAUGAUUGGGAGGAAAUUAAUAUUGCCGAGAGGACUGAAGUAACUUAUCCUGUCAGAAGCCCCGAAAGCCAUCAAUAUACUAUCAAAGUCCGAGCAAUAUAUACUGAUAGGUGUGGAAUGAAUGGAAAGUGGAGUGAAUGGAGCAGCGAAUCAACUUUUGGAGAAGAAAGCUUCAAUUGGAGAAUUCCUUUCUUCAUUAUUGUUGUCAUAUUUGUGGCUUUCGCAGCAAUAUUGCUCCUCACCUACUUAAAACGGCUCCAGAUAUUGAUACUUCCACCAAUUCCUGACCCUGCAAAGAUGUUUAAAGGCGUGUUUGGGGAUCAAAAUGUAGAUUUUUCGACAUGGAUCAAACAGCCUAAAGAAAAUAUGACAUGGAAACCUGAAGAGGAAGUAACCUGUCCUGUCUUGACAGUGGAGAAGAUCAAGGUGUAUGGAAAGGAGGGAAACUUCAGUGAAAAUGAGAUGCUGGAGGAACAAACUCUGCCUGUUUAUGCUAAUAAAGACGGCUCUGUGGAUGAUAACUGUAUGCUUUAUAACAUGGUGACUUUGUGAUAUUAACAAUUGUUUAGUCCAUUUUUUUCACCGCAGGUGUCGUUCAGCUUUUUGACUUGCAGAAAUACAUGUUUACACCCACGCACUUUUCUGUCAAAGCCAUUGUCGUUUGGAUUAUCUGGCAAUUAACUCUUCCAACUAUACAUUUGGUAAAUUCUAGUAUUCUCAAAGUUUGGACUUUGGAUAUAAUCUCCAACUACUUCAGGUAAGGUCAGAGGCCAACAAUGGGAGAGAUAAGAUCUACAGUGGAUAGUUCGAUUCUUCUUGAUAUGGUUUAAUACAACCAGUUCCUGUUCAAUCUGUUUGAUUUGUGGCAACGUUUUAUCAGUAAUUUUCAGUAAAGUGCUACUAAUGUCAUUGUGAUUGUGUGCAGUAUUGCAUGUGGGCUUCUCAAACAGAUGUCUAUGGUAGCGAUUCUGAUGCAGCUGAUGAUUUCAUGCCUUUAAACAACAUUGGCAUUUCAGAAAAAACUUUCCACAGUUGCUCACAAGGAACCACAGCCUAUGCAGUGUCAUAUAAAUACUGUCAUAAAAAAUUGGAAUUGCGGUCCACACUGUUCCAUUUCAUUUUGUUACCUGGUUGCUAGUUUGUCAAGGUUAUUUUGACCCUAAGUAAGAAAACAAAAUAAAUUGAGAAAAUAAUGAUUUGUUCAUCAGGAAUUAACAACUGCAAGUAUUCCGAUGAGACAAAUGAAUCAAAUGAGUCUGGGUAGAUUGAUGGAGAAUUUUCAAACUUUAUUGACACCGCAUAUUCACUUGAGACAAAUUGAAUGUUCUUAGGUUGGUAUUGCAGAUAGAAGAUAACAGCACAACAUAUUCUCACCCUCCUAUAAUGUACCAUUUACAUUUUGUUUAGGUGAAUCCACUACAGAAUUCAGUUUUUUUUAUAAAAAGACAGUUUCUGCCUUGUAAAUCAAGAUUUUAUUUUAAAUAAAUGUGGUCCCCUUUAACUCAAUAUUUUUAUGAUUAUUUUGAAACUAAACCACAAAAAAUGUGCUGCAACUGUUUUUAAAUAUCUUUUUAACUAUUCUACAGUGAAGAGGAAUCAGCGUAAAACAUUGAUGUGUAAAUGGAAAUAAUCUCAGAAAGAUAACUUCCGUUUAUAGCAUCUUUCAAGCAAAUGCUUCACAAAAUGACAUUGAUUCAAUGUGUCGGUAUAUGAGCUAAAUUUUAUUGCAGUUCAGCAUUGCGUUAGAACAUUUUCUAUUGAAAAAUGACAAUAUUCAUGUGUGCAUAUUCUGAUGUUGUGUACUGACUGCUAAUCGGUAUUGAGGAAGAAGAGCUGUGAUAUGUAAGGGAGAUGCAGACAUACAGGAUUAGAAUGGAUCCCAUUUCAUAUCCUGAAUAAAGGUUUAUUAAAGUUA